GACGAGAAAGGCCCCAAGGGGGGCGGGACCAGGGCCGGAAGCCAGGGGACCGGGCGGCGCGGCAAGGAGCAGGCGCGGUUUCAGAGGCGGGGCAACCCUGAAAGGCUAGACCCAAGUUCUGUGCCUCUCCUCCUCUGUCUGUCUCCAUCCACCUUCUCUGGGGGCUCACAGAAGACUGGACUGCUGAUCCUUGCUCUCGAGGAUCCGCCAACUCCAGCCGGGAAGAGGAGGAAGACCCAGCCACAGCUUGACGAGUGAUGGACGGAGGUCUGCAAGGUGCAGUGCACUUGGUCUUUUCCUGGGAGGAGGAUCGCAAGAUCGUCCUGCGGAUCUGGUCUCUCAUCUUCAGCAUCCUCGCAACCCUGAUGUUGUUCAGCAUGAUCGAGGGGCGGAUGGCCUACGUGCAGGGCCCCUACACUGGCUACGUGCGCUUCUGGACUGACUGCAAGAGGCACAAGUGCGCCAGCCUAGGCCGGGUUACUGUUCUCAUCCACAUGAGCCAGGGCUUCAUGAUUCUGGCCCUGGCCCUGUGCAUAUUCCUCCUCCCCUGCAUGGGCCUCUCCUUCUGGUCAGUGUUCCACCGCCUGAACAAGAUCGACUCGGUCUUCAGUUCCCUCAGCAUCAGCAUUGAUCCAGUACCCAAUGGCCACAUUUCCUGUUCCACUGACAAUGUGUAUUUGGGGAAUAUAUCACCACAGUCCUGGCACCGUCUGAUCCAGGAAAUGAAAUGUCAAGGUCUCCCAAACCACAGGAGGCAAGAGAGAGAUCAGCCGAUUUUACAGAUUGGAAAACCGAGGAUGUGCUUGGCCCCUGUUCAAGAUCACACAGCUGCCCUUCUCUGCUGAAUGAAGCCGUCUCCCUUCCCUAGGGGUUAAGGCAGUGGGUGACAUGGACCAGCCCCCACCCCGUCCUUCAGUCCCCACCCAGCCCCGGCACCCAUUUCCCUUCAUCUUCACAGAAAACCGCACAAGCUCCUACAGAAAACCUGGGUCAGUGCUGUUAUCUUGGUGUGGAACAGGUGACCUUGAACAUCAACUUUGGCUUCAGGUGGCACAAGUCUUUGGCUAAAGACAGACGGGAGCUAGGGGAGUGGCCUAAUUCUAUCCUAGGUUGGGAUGGGCUUCUGGCCAGGGACACAGGUGUUAGGUCUUCAUGGUCUCCCUGAUCCACUGCAAGUAGCGGCACACUUUGGUGUAGACACCAGCCUUGGUGGUGGUAUCACAAGGGACGUCGCCCCAGGACACAAUGCCCUGCAGGGCACCUUCACAGACCAGGGGGCCUCCAGAGUCACCCUGUGGGGAGAAGAGGGGAUUUCAAGUCGAGUGGGAACUUCCUGAACUCAGUAGUGUCCCCUUCCCCACCCUGAUCGUCGUUUGUAAUGUCAAUCAAAACCCAAACCAACCCGACUGGAUGGGACUCACUCUAGCCACGUCCAGCCCUACCCUCACGCAAUCCCAACUCAAUUUAACCAAGUUACGUCUAACUCAGCCCAGCCCCCCAUUCAGCAUCAAACCAGACCCAUGCCCGUCCUCACAUCUAGUGCUACCCAAACCCCAUCUUCACGUCUUGUGCAUCCUCUCAAAGAUCCACUGGUUCUACUUCACAUUUCCAUCAAAAUCAAACUCAUUCCCAUUCUCAACCCAGCCUAUGCGGCCUCUAGCUAACUGCCACACUGUCCACCCCAAACAAACCCGACACUAUCCCAUCUCUAACCCCUACCUCCAACCAUCACCCCAAGUGCUUGACCUAUUCCCUUGCCCAACCUAACCCCAGCAUCUUUUCUGGCUCAGGGCAAAGGAAACCAAGCCCAUCCCAACUCUGAGACCUAUCCUUGUCCCCUCUCUUCCGGCCGAUGCCCCUCUUGGCUCUGACC